CCUACGAGGAGUGGUGAUGUAUCAUCUUACCACAGAAUCUCCAUUGGUGGAAGUAUCAGACAGCGGCGAUCCGAUCCGAGCAAUGUGGUAAGGGUUGCUGAUGACAUGAUUUGAACGGUGAAACAGAGUGUGCAAAGUGCUCUCUCAACAGCGUUGUGUGAGAGGACAGCAGCCAUGCCACCUCCCUCUGAUAUCGUCAAAGUGGCAAUAGAGUGGCCCGGUGCAAAUGCCCAGCUCAUCGAGAUUGACCAGAAGAAGCCCCUGUCUUCUAUCAUACGGGAGGUUUGUGAUGGGUGGUCUCUGUCUGGCUCAGAGCAGUUUGCCCUGCGUUAUGCUGAUGGCCCUCAGCUCUACAUCACUGAACAGAGCCGUAGUGAUAUCAAGAACGGAACCAUCCUACGACUGGCCAUAUCUCCUGCUCGUGCAGCGAGGCAGCUCCUGGACAGGAUCCAAUCCCAUGGCAUAGAUGCCCGUCUGGAGGCCCUGAAAGAGCUUGCCAAGCUUUCCGCAGACCCCACCUUUGCCGCCGAGUUCAUCAACAUGGAGGGCAUUGGGACCCUUGCUCGCCUGGUGGAGAGUGGCACCCACUUUGGGGAAAUGCUGGCCUUUACUUUAACUGCCUUCCUUGAGCUAAUGGACCAUGGAAUAGUGUCGUGGGACCUCAUCUCUCUGUCCUUCAUCAAACAGAUUGCGGGCUACGUGAAUCAGCCGAUGGUGGACGUUUCCAUUCUGCAGCGCUCGCUGGCCAUUUUGGAGAGCAUGGUCCUCAACAGUCACAGCCUCUAUCACCGGGUGGCGCAGGAGAUCACCGUGGGACAGCUCAUCGGACACCUGCAAGUAUCCAAUCAGGAGAUUCAGACAUACGCCAUCGCACUCAUCAACGCCCUUUUUCUCAAGGCCCCCGAGGACAGACGGCAGGAGGAGCACACUCACCCCCUGGACCAGAGGCUCACUGAAAUGGCAAGCACCCUGGCCCAGAAACACCUGCGAUCAAUCAUCCUCAACCAUGUUAUCCGAGGUAACCGACCAAUCAAAGCCGAGAUGGCACACCAGCUGUAUGUGUUGCAGGUGUUGACCUUUAACCUCCUGGAGGAGCGCAUGAUGACAAAGAUGGACCCCAGCGAUCAGGCACAAAGGGACAUCAUUUUUGAGUUGCGCAGGAUUGCCUUUGAUGGGGAGAAUGAUGCCAGCGGGACGGAGAAGAGGAAGGCCGUGUACACCAAGGACUACAAAAUGCUUGGCUUCACCAACCAUGUGAACCCUGCUAUGGACUUCACUCAGACCCCUCCAGGCAUGCUGGCCCUGGACAACAUGCUGUAUCUGGCCAAGCUGCACCAGGACACCUACAUCAGGAUUGUGUUGGAGAACAGCAGCCGCGAGGACAAACACGAGUGUCCCUUCGGACGCUGUGCCAUUGAGCUCACCCGUAUGCUGUGUGAGGUACUCCAAGUGGGAGAACUGCCCAACGAGGGCUGCAACGACUACCAUCCCAUGUUUUUCACCCAUGACCGGGCGUGGGAGGAGUUCUUCUGCGUCUGCAUCCAGCUGCUCAACAAGACCUGGAAGGAGAUGAGGGCCACGGCUGAGGACUUCAACAAGGUGAUGCAGGUGGUUCGGGAGCAGAUCACCCGGGCCCUGGCCAUGAAGCCGUCGUCCCUGGACCAGCUCAAAGGCAAAUUCCGAGCCCUGAGUUACUCCGAGAUCCUGCGCCUGCGCCAGUCGGAGAGGAUGAGCCAGGACGACUUCCAGUCGCCACCCAUCAUUGAGCUACGUGAGAGGAUCCAGCCAGAGAUACUGGAGCUCAUCAAGCAGCAGAGACUCAACCGCCUGUGUGAGGGCAGCUGCUUCCGCAAGCUGGGCAACCGUCGCAGACAAGAGAAGUUCUGGUUCUGCCGUCUGUCUCUCAACCACAAGGUUCUGCACUAUGGGGAUCUGGACGAGUCUCCCCAGGGGGAAGUGCCUUUUGAGCUUCUCACAGACAAGAUCCCUGUGUCUGACAUUAAGUCAGUGGUGACGGGGAAGGACUGUCCCCACAUGAAGGAGAAGAGUGCGCUAAAACAAAACAAGGAGGUGCUGGAGUUGGCUUUCUCUAUCCUGUAUGAUCCUGACGAGAACCUCAACUUUGUGGCUCCUAACAAAUAUGAGUACUGUAUCUGGACCGAUGGGUUGUGUGCCUUGCUUGGUCGAGAGAUGGCCAGUGACCUCACCCGCAGUGACCUGGACACGCUCAUCUCCAUGGAGAUGAAGCUACGCCUCCUGGACCUGGAGAACAUAACCAUACCUGAAGCCCCUCCCCCUGUGCCAAAGGAGCCCAGCACUUACAACUUCACCUACAACUACGGCUGAGAAGUGUGUGUGUGUGUUUACAUAGUGUGUGUGUGAGAGAGGUACUAAUUGUAUUUGUGUGCGUGUGGGUGGGUGCAUAGUAGUGUAUAUGCGAUUGUGUGUAGGAAGACAAGGAAACCACACACACACAUUUUCUAGCCACUACAAUGUGAGUGAAGUUGGCUGAUACUCUGAAAUCCAACUGCCCACAAGUAAUUCAGGCAGGGUGCCUAACCCUACCAAUAUUGAAAUAUCACACUAUUAUGGUAUGAGCUUAUUGCAAACUUUUAAUAUAUUGUUUCAUAAUUUGUCACUUCAUGGCCUUAUACAAUGAUAUGUGUGAAAGGAAGCUCAUUGGAACAGUUACAGCUGAGUCCCACUAUUUCUUCAUUCAUAACAACAGAAACACAUUUGUUGAAACCUGACCUGGAUUUUCAAAUACUGUGCAUAUAUAUAUAUAUAUGCGCACCGUGUAUUGUAGACAUAAAUUUGGGAGCUCUGUUCAGAACCAUGCUGAUGUAGGCUAGUUAAUUACUUGAUUCUACCUCGUGUUUCUGAACAGAUUAAAUAAUCUAUAUACAUACGCUUUGGUAAUAGCUGGUAUUGAUGUUAGAAAUGUAUAGCCUGGGAAUUUAGUUUCCAGAAAACACGUAACUGCAGACACUGUUAUUUAAAUCAUGGCUAAUGAGUACCUAUACAGUGCCUUGCUAAAGUAUUUAAACCCCUGACCAAUUCUCAUGUUACUGAAUUAGAAAUGGAACAUUCCAAAAAACACCAGGGGUUUAUACAGGCCAUGUGACAGGAACUUUAAUGGUUUACAGGCGGAGGCAAAUAGUUACGUAAUUAUGUCCUUGUUGGGGCAAUUUCUGGACAGGGGUUGAAUACGUAUGGCAGCAACAACCUUUUCCCCUUACAAAUAAUUCCCAACGUAAACCCAAUGCCACCAUACAUUAAUGUAUUUUGAGUGUCGAGUGUUUCAAAAUAAAAUAUCAGUAUGAAAUGUUUAUUUACCAUUUCUAAUUCAGUGGUAUUAUGUAUUGGUCAGAGGUUUGAAUACUUUUGCCAGGUACAGGUAUAUAUGACAAAUAAUCCAAUAAGAAUGUAUUCUAACCCAGAUCAGGUUAAAACUGAUUCUUUAUGGGCCAAGAUAUUUUCCAAAGUGUCAUUUUCAAAGUCGCUCUCGGUGUCGUCCUUAAUUAAUUACUUAUCAAUGUUAUGUGUUUGUUAUGCAGAAUAUAAUUAUAUUUUUGUAAAUGAUUAUGUAAACUCAGUUGUGAAUAGAAGGAACACUAACUUUUUAACAACCUUAUUUGACUUCAGAAACAGUGGUUUGGGGCACAGAAUGAGAGACUAAGCAAGGUAUCAAACCGUCUGAGACAGACAUGCAUACAGGUUGUUAAAUAAGCAAAGCCUUCGAUACUGUGUAGUCGGUAGGGAAGUAUGUAUUUUCUGUUUGUUGGGAUUCAAAUAGUCAUUUGAUUGUGGCGUAAAACUCGGACCAUGUCGUUGAAGCGCUCAGCAAGGGUGUUGGAAUAGGAAGCUGUGGGUUUGAAAUGAGUUGCAAUAUGUAAUUAUAAAUAUAGCGUCAUAGCAUUUGUUUUCCCACUGGCAUAGAAUUUGGCCGCAGCCUGUGCUGCCCAUAGACCUGCUCACAACUGUGCAAGAUGUCCCUUUUAUUUUCAUUGUUUUAUUAGGUAGGUAUGCUAAGAACACCUUAUUUAUCGUAAUGACCUAGGAUCAAUUAGGGAUAACUGUCUCACUCAGGGACAGAACGACAGGGUUCGUGACCUUGUCAGCUUGGGGAUUAGAACCUUUCACUCUUGACCACUAGUUUACCCUGCCAUCCUGAUGUUAAUACGGUGUUGCUACGGUCAUUUUUUUGUGGCUGUAAUCAUUAUUUUAAGGACAUUUUAAAAGGGAUGAAGGUGUGCAAAAAUGUUUAUAGUACCAGGGGAGGGUUGUGUAAACAUUUGUUGCGGAGGGAAGGCGUAUUUUCUCUUUUUAAAUGACAGCUUGAGUUGGAUGAGAUUUGUUUUGGGUGGAGAUGACUGAAAUGGAGGUGUGGCAGAGGUGUGUCUACAGAUGAGGGUUUUUUGAAGGGUGGUCAUACAGGUCUUGAAGAGACAACCCUAUUAUUUUAUCUGUCUGGGUCCGCUCCAUUGUGCUUAUUUCCCGCCAGAGCCAGAUGGCACCGACUCAGUUCUUCUGGUCAGUUGGCUGGGCCUUGAUAUUUGAUGUAUCAGUGUUUUAUAGUACACUCUAUGAAAGGGAUGUCAGAGUCAUCACUGUCAAGCUUGUAGCUGCUUAGAAAAUUAUACAAAUUGCCACAUUGAACAAAGUGUGGUUGCUAAUGGACACGCCAACAAUAAAACUUUAGGGAGACUUCUAAAGAGGCUUUAGCAUUUGGUACUCAGGCCUCGUUUAUACAGGCAGCCCAAUUACGGUUUCUUCCUCUCCACUACCUGGUCUUUUGUUCCAUACGAUCAUCAAUCAGAUGUGCUGGAGGUCACUCUGGAUAAGAGCAUCUGUUUACAUUACUAAGAUAUAAUCUGAUUUGAAAAAAAUGUGUUAUUGGUCAAAAGAGACUUUGGGGAAAUCCCCAAUUGGACUGCCUGAGAAAAUGCAGACUUUUACUUGCUAAGCCAUUAACUGUGUUCAGGCUAGUAGUAGAGAAUGACUUGUUGUUAGUCAAGAAAUAACAACUAUUACAUUUAAAUAUGGUAUUCAUAUAUAAAUCCUUGUCUGUAUAUAUUGUGCUGCCUUAUUAAAAAUGUAUUUUGUUUUGUGUGAAUAAAUACAAACAUGAACAUGUUUGUUAAUACGA